AUGUUGGGCAACCAUGGGAUCUGCACUUCCGAGAACCAUGACCUUCUUGCUUGGCUAGCUCUCCACGAAUCAAUGCUGAACGGAAGGCUCUCUCGAACCAGCGACACCUCUAUUUGGCGUGAGGAGAUGGACCAGGCCAUGUUCAGGAGAGGCGACUACAGCGUUGAAGGACUGAUUGGCGAAACGCCUGAACGAAGACUAGCAUCACUUGUCGGAAAUCUGUCCUUUGUUCGAGAGUUCGAAUUAGCAGUGGACUUCAUGGGCGUUGCAUCAACCAUCCCAUUGAAUGCAACUAUUGAAAAUUUCGCUGACUUGUCUUCCUGGAACGACAAUGCACUCAUCCUGAGUUUUCAAGCGUUGCAGGCGUGCAAACAAUUACCAGACGACCGGGUUGUGGUUAUCACUCCAACCGACGAUGAUCCAAGCAAAAUCGACCUCUAUCCCACUAUAUUUACGCUUUUCUUGCUACCAUGGGAUAACAUGUGGACAUGUGUGCUGUGGGAUCACAAGAAGCCAGGAAACGAGUGCACCGUUGCGCCCAAUACAUCGAUUCCUCGAUCCGAUAAGCUCCAAGCAGCGAUCAAGGCGUACAUGGCGUACAGGGCUCGAAAGAAGUUGGACGAAAACGGUAUGGAGGUUGACGAAAACACCACAGAAAUUGAUGAGAACGCCAUGGACAUCGACGAGAACCAGCCCGAAGUACCGGAAGAAUUUUUGAAUGCGCUCAAAGUAAGUUGGCUAUUCCAUCUUUUGCCUGUUGUUCAGGAAGAGAACCAUAUAUUAACGGGAAAUCAGGGUAGUUCGCGUAAGGCAGCAGGCGGCCCGAAGGCGAUGUGCGAAGCCUGCCAGAUUUUCAAGUCUUCUCUCAAGUUUGACGAUGAAUGGAAGUUCGCCAUUUGGGCUCUUGAACAAAUUGACGAGCGGUUUCCAGAUAAGUUGGACUUGACCAUGUCCCCUCUCCCGUCAAGAAAACUGGAAAUAUUGGGAGGUAGGCGUCUUACGGAUGGAAACGUUCCUCUUCCUGCUUCGGACGGUUCAUCCUCAGGUUCCGAUACCGAGUAG